CUUCUGUCUGACAUCUAUUGUUAUAUUAUCGUUUUAUAAGUGUAUUGAUUUUAUUUUUCUCGUCUUAUUCUUCUAUUCUAUUCAUUCUUAUUUGAUUUGUUAAAUACUAAAAUUUCUUCUACAUUGUAUGGUUAUCUAAUUAUCAUUAGCGUGAAGUAAAUAAAUAAUUGCACGAUUAUGGGUGCCGUUUUGGGCCUUUGUUCUGCAGCUCAGCUAGCAUGCUGUUGUGGCAGUGCAGCAUGCUCCUUAUGCUGUUCAGCAUGUCCUUCAUGUGCCAACUCUACUUCUACCCGACUUAUGUAUGCUGUUAUGUUGAUGCUAGUGAUGAUAGCAGCCUGUGUCACCCUGGCACCUGGCUUGGAAAAUGAACUGAAAAAAGUACCAUUUUGUAAAAAUUCUACAAGUGUACCAGUACCGGGAGAUCUAACUGUGGAUUGUAAUAAUGCUGUUGGAUAUCUUGCUGUGUAUAGAAUUUGCUUUGCCGCAUGUCUAUUUUUCGUACUUAUGGCAUUAAUUACAAUUGGCGUAAAAUCUUCCAAAGAUCCGCGAGCUGGAAUACAAAAUGGAUUUUGGGGCAUUAAGUACCUAUUGGUGAUCGGUGGCAUAAUUGGCGCCUUUUUUAUACCUGAGGGGCAAUUUGGUCCAACUUGGAUGGUGUUUGGAAUGAUUGGUGGCUUCUGUUUUAUUGUUAUUCAACUUGUUUUGAUUAUAGACUUUGCCCACACUUGGGCGGAAAGAUGGGUCUCAAACUACGAGGAGAGCGAAUCGCGCGGCUGGUACGCAGCUCUGCUCACCGCAAUGCUCGCAUGUUUCGCACUUGCACUCACUGGCGUCGUGCUGUUGUACGUCUUCUACACUAAAUCUAAUGACUGCAGUCUAUCGAAGUUCUUUAUCUCGGUUAACCUGAUUUUGGUGGUGGUAGCCAGCGGGAUCUCCAUCCUUCCGUCAGUGCAAGAGCAUCAGCCUCGGUCAGGUCUACUGCAGUCUUCUGUUGUUGGCCUUUACGUGAUAUAUCUGACUUGGUCUGCUUUAACAAAUGCGUCCGCAGCCUGCAAUAGUGUCACUGGAAAUCAGCAGUCAUCAUUCGAUAAGCAGUCAAUCAUCGGAUUGGUCAUCUGGGCAUGCAGUGUUCUCUACUCCAGCAUCCGCACCGCAUCUUCCUCAUCUAAGAUCACUAUGUCCGAGCACAUUCUCGCCAAAGAAGGCAGCACAGGUCAAGGAGGGCUUAUAGCUAACGAAGAAGGAGCCGACGGUGGCGAAGCAGGACGCGGGGGCGACGAGCUGAAAGUUUUCGACAACGAAGGCGAAGGCGUCGCAUACUCUUGGACUUUCUUCCACGUGGUGUUCGCGUUGGCCACCCUUUACAUUAUGAUGACGCUCACCAAUUGGUACAAUCCACGCUCGGAACUGUCGAAGGAGAAUAUGGCAUCAAUGUGGGUAAAGAUUACCUCUUCGUGGCUCUGCGUGGGUCUUUACAUCUGGACCUUAGUAGCGCCUGCGAUCUUCCCCAACCGCGAAUUCAAUUAGGUUUUUUUAACAACUUAUUGUAGUGCGAUAUGCGAUUAUUGAAAUAGAUCUCAUGGCAUCAAUCAAUCAUUGAUAAAAUUAGCAAAGGGCUGGAUUAUGUAAUUCAAUUGCUAUUCUCCUUGCAACCAAUUUAUCCGAUGUUGCAAUUGUAUAUGUUAAUUUCAUAUGGAAUGCAAAAUAAAAAUACAGCGAUUUGAUAAAAUGUGUAAUGGAUAAGCAAUACGAUUACACUGAACGCAAUAUGCAGUUGACUAAAAAAAGACGACGCGUAAGCUCUGCUCUGUAGCCUGCCUCCCCUCCAGACUCCCCGCCUCAUUGCGUCUUCCUAAUGCAGAAGUUCCAGUUCAAGCGAUAUGUAUUAAUGUAUUACUAUAUUACAACAGUAUAUGUAUUACUUGAAUUUCGGUUACGGCUCAAUAGUCUUAUACAAUAAUAUAUAAUACAUUAGUCGCAUGAAUGUUCCUAAGUAUUCUAGACAAGAAUUAUUAGCAACGGCGUUGCAUAAUCCCGUUAUUUAUUCUCAUACUCAUUCACACAACCCACUAGUUUCAUCAUUUAGGCAUUAUUUUUUAUAAUUUUGCUAAGUAAAUAUGAUUCUAAUAACUGUAAUGUAUUUUUUAAUAUUUGUAAAGAUACAGGGUAGAAUAGAACAUGCAACAUAACAAUACAGUACAUUAUAACUCAUUUCAUAAUAAGGUUUUUUACUUUAUAUAUGUGCUUAGAAAUGGGUAUUCAUCAAAUCAUGCACUCAUUAUUUGCUGUUGUCCCAUACAGCUAUACAAAUUUUAAAAAAUGCGUCAUUAACACUUGAACAUAAUUUUUUAUACUUGACUUAAAUUAACUAGUUUCAAAUAUAUCCACAUAUUUUCAGUAAUAUCUGUUAUACUAUUCUACCCAGCAUAAUGUAGUAAUAAUUAAGUCUUAAUAUAAAUUAAUUGUGUAUAAAAUAAUUAGAUGUCCUAGAUAUUAACAGGUUUCCUGUACACAACUUUAUUCCGCCGUUUUAAUUUAAUAGCCAUUUUCAGCCAUAAUGAAUCGAUCACAAGUUUUUUCUUAUGAAAUUAUUUUUUUAUUAAACUUAAGACAGAAUUUUUACUUGUAAAUAUGAAAAUCACUCAGUGGACAGGGAGCGUGUUAGCAUUAUUAUUCUUGUAUAAUUUACUAAAAACUUUCAUCUUUACUUAAACACUUCAAUUAUAAUCAAUAAAUAUCUACCAAUCAACCAGAACUUUCUCAUUUC